AUGGUUGCCAUCGCAGUUGCAGGGGGCACCCGAGGCAUUGGCCGCGCCAUAGCCGAGACAAUCCAGCGUCAGGGCAAGCAUGAUGUGAAGAUCCUGAGCAGAACGGAAAAUCUCAAAGUCGAGUCUGAAUCUGGCUGCGAAGUCAUCCCGGUCGAUUACGACAAUGUUGAGAACUUAACCAAGGUCCUCAUUGAAAACAAGAUCGACACAGUGAUUUCGACGCUCUUCCUGACAACCACCGGCGCGCCUCAAACAAAUCUCAUCCAUGCCUCCGAAGCAUCUCAGUACACCAGAAGGUUUAUUCCCAGUAUCUGGGGUAUCCCCUACACGAAAGACCAGCUGAAGAAUUUCCCCAUCGGAUUAGCCAAGCUAGAAGCGCUGGAGGCGCUCGAGAAGAGCUCGCUGGAGUACACCCUCUUCUACGUGGGUUACUUUCUGGACUUCUGGGGCCACCCGCAUGUGAAGACAUAUCAGCUUCCGAACAUCAUCGCCGUCGACAUUGAGCAUAACGUAGCCGCAAUCCCGGGCACAGGAGACACGCCAGUGACGUUCACGCACACGUUCGACGUCGCAGAAUUUGUCGCGGCCAGUCUUGAACUUCCUAAAUGGGAUCGGGAGAGUUACGUCAUUGGCGAGACUGUUACCUGGAACGAAUUUGUGCGGAUCGCAGAAGACGUGAAGGGCACGAAGUUCAAGGUCACUUACGACUCUCUCGACCUUCUUCGGUCUGGAAAGGUGACUGAGCUUCCCUCUCAUCUGUCGCUGUACGAACACAUGCCCAAGGAAGAGAUCCAGUCUAUCUUUUCUGUGUUUGGGAUAUGGUUCCACGAGGGGCUCUUUAAUCUGCAGCCUAAGAAAAGACUCAACGAUGUCUUCCCUCACAUUAAGGCUUACACGGUAAGGGAGCUUCUUGAAUCAGCGUGGAAGGGUAGAUAG